UUUAUCAAGGCACACACGCCAGCAAACCUCCAACGCUCCUCGUCAACAUGUAUAAGCUGUUCGUCAUCGCCGCGCUGGUUGCCGUCGCAGCCGCCCAAAACCCACAGGACGCUCAGGCUCAGGUGCUCGUGUCCGACUCGGUCGUAAACCCGGACGGCUCGUACAACUAUCGCUACGAGACGAGCAACGGUAUCCAGGCCCAGGAAAGCGGUGUCGGUGGACAGUCGGCUCAGGGCAGCUACUCGUACACCGGUGACGAUGGUGCUCAGUACCAGGUGACGUACGUUGCCGAUGAGAACGGAUUCCAGCCGCAGGGUGCCCAUCUGCCCGUGGACGGACCCGCUCCGGAUCAUGUCCUCAAGACGCUCGAGCAGAUCCGUGCCAACCCGCCGCGUGAUGACCCGAACUUCAGCAUGGACGCACUGAACGCUGCCAUUGCCCGACUGAGCGGCAAGAAGUAAGCGUAUCGUCGGAGCGUAGCGGAGCAUUCCAGCAGUCAGUCAACGAACGGUUCCGGGUGACAUUGCCAUCUUUCGGACGUUCGAACACUUUACAUCACCUGACACAUACUCCACAAAGUGCAUCCGGGUGGACGGUUGACGUUAGGAGGUUAACAGACCGCCGGAUCAAGCCAACUACUACAAAGAUCUACUUCAUGGGCAACACUUUCACUGCCAUCUCAGCGAAUCUUCUUCCCUUACCCUCCAACACUCCAGCAUCACUUUUCUACCGGCACCAUAAUCUUUCCUCCAGUGUACUUCUACUUUCUUCUGCAAAAUUCCUUUAACACUAUUGUAUGUAAAUAGCCCGUUGAUAGUUUGUAAAUAAAACA